CACCACAACUCUUCCUUAUUACGAACUGCUGAACCAGCUGCUCGGAUUCAACUUCCUCAUUUAUUUAUCUAUCUUACACAGUGGGGAAACAAAUCUUUUAACUGUAGAAAAUCUGCCUUCGUAAUUUUGUUUUCGGUUGUUUGAGGCAUUUAUUUCGACAAGAUGUCCAAGCCGCCACCCAAGCCAGCGAAGCCAGGACAGGUCAAAGUAUUCAGAGCCCUGUAUACAUUUGAACCAAGAACUCCUGAUGAAUUGUAUUUUGAUGAAGGAGACAUCUUGUACAUUUCAGAUACGAGUGAUAGCAACUGGUGGAAAGGGACCUGUAAAGGCAGGACAGGCCUAAUUCCAAGCAAUUACGUUGCAGAGCAGGCAGAAUCAAUAGACAAUCCAAUGCACGAAGCUGCCAAAAGAGGUAACCUGAGCUGGUUAAGAGAGUGUUUGGAUAACGGAGUUGGCAUAAAUGGUCUUGACAAAGCUGGAAAUACUGCUCUUUAUUGGGGGUGUCAUGGUGGGCACAAAGAUGUAGUGGAGGUGUUACUUGGACAAGCUAACAUUGAACUUAAUCAACAGAAUAAGCUUGGAGACACACCUUUGCAUGCUGCUGCAUGGAAGGGCUACUCGGAUAUUGUAGAGAUGUUGCUCAACAAAGGUCCGAGAACAGAUAUAUUAAACAAUGAGAAGAAACUGGCCCUAGAUAUGGCUACAAAUGCACAGUGUGCAUCCCUGCUUAAAAGGAAACAAGGAUCAAAUAUCAUACGGACUGCAAGCAAUGCAGAAGAAUACUUGGAUGAUGAAGACUCAGAUUAAAUGGCACCUUUCAUGACAUUGCUGUGUUUUAUAAACAAAUAAUGCAUUCUAAAGUUUAAAACUUUAUUUUUAAUUUUUUUGCUUUGAGCAACAUGGUAAUUACAUGUUAAAAUGCUUUUCCAAUAUGUAUGUAAAAAGAUAAUGUAGGGUCCAGAUUUGUCAUUUCCAAAUUACAAUGACUGUUAACAAGAGAAAAAGAAAAAAAAAAACUUUGCUACAGCCUGUACUGCCUUAAUUAAAACUGUUUGUAUAUAUUCUUACAAAAUAAAUUAAAUUGUUCCAUUAAUAAUCAGGCAUUUAAAAAAAUAAACAUUUCAAGCCUU